GCACUUACUUCUGAGGACUGAAGUACUUGCCUAUAUUUUUGCGGUAGCUGGGAAGGCGCGAUGGCGGCGGUGGAGUCAGAUGUCGAGUCGCUGCCGCGUGGGGGUUUCCGCUGCUGCCUCUGCCACGUUACUACCGCGAACCGACCCAGCCUGGAUGCCCACCUGGGAGGCCGGAAACACCGACACCUGGUAGAACUACGAGCUUCCCGAAAGGCCCAGGGACUUCGAAGUGUGUUCGUCAGUGGCUUUCCCCGUGAUGUGGAUUCCACUCAACUCUCGGAGUACUUCCAGUCAUUCGGGCCUGUGGCCAGCGUCGUCAUGGAUAAGGACAAGGGGGUGUUUGCCAUCGUGGAGAUGGGGGACGUGGCUGCCCAGGAGGCCGUCCUGUCCCAGCCCCAGCACAGCCUGGGGGGACGUCGCCUCAGGGUCCGGCCCCGGGAGCAGAAGGAGUUCCAGAGCCCAGCUGCCAAGUCCCCCAAAGGGGCAGCGCCUGACAGUCACCAGCUGGCCAGAGCACUGGCCGAGGCACCGGACGUGGGGGCCCAGAUGGUGAAGCUGGUGGGGCUGAGGGAGUUGUCUGAGGCCGAGCGGCAGCUCCGGAGCCUGGUGGUGGCCCUCAUGCAGGAGGUCUUCACUGAGUUCUUCCCAGGUUGUGUGGUCCAUCCUUUCGGCUCAUCCAUAAACAGCUUUGACGUCCACGGCUGUGACCUCGACCUCUUCCUGGACUUGGGGAACUUGCAAGAGCCUUUGCCAGCAGCAAAGGCUCCGGAGUCUCCUUCCCUGGACUCGGCUCUGGCCUCCCCGCUGGACCCUCAAGCCCUGGCCUGCAUGCCAGCCUCCCCUCCAGGCUCACCACCGCCUGCUUCUCCCCAAGACUCAGAAGCCCUGGACUUUGAGACCCCUUCCUUCUCCCUGGCGCCCCAGACUCCAGACUCGGCCUUGGCCUCGGAGACCCUGGCCUCUCCCCAGUCCCUGCCGCCCGCCUCCCCCCUUCAGGAGGACAGGGCUGAGGAGGAUCUGGGGAAGUCUCUGGACCAAGCAGAGACCUUGAAGGGGGAGUCAGCAGAGGGGGGCGCCAUGCUGGAGCUGGUGGGGUCGAUUCUGCGGGGCUGUGUGCCUGGGGUGUACCGAGUUCAGGCGGUGCCCUCAGCCCGGCGACCUGUGGUCAAGUUCUGUCAUCGGCCUUCAGGUCUCCAUGGCGAUGUCUCCCUCAGUAACAGGCUGGCUCUGCAUAAUUCCCGCUUCCUGAGCCUCUGCUCUGAGCUGGAUGGGCGAGUCCGGCCCCUGGUGUACACCGUCCGCUGCUGGGCGCAGGGUCGAGGGCUGUCAGGGAGCGGCCCUCUGCUCAGUAACUACGCCUUGACCUUGCUCGUGAUCUAUUUCCUUCAGACCAGGGAGCCCCCCGUGCUGCCCCCAGUGUCCCAGCUCACCCAGAAAGCCGGUGAGGGGGACCAGGUGGUGGUGGAUGGCUGGGACUGUAGCUUCCCGCGGGACAUGUCGGACCUGGAGCCCAGCACCAACGUGGAGCCCCUCAGCUCCCUCCUCGCCCAGUUCUUCGCCUGCGUCUCCUCCUGGGACCUCCGAGGAUCACUGCUUUCCCUGCGGGAGGGCCAGGCGCUGCCAGUGGCAGGAGGCUUGCCCGUGGCUCUCUGGGGGGGCCUGCGCCUUGGCCCCCUGAAUCUCCAGGACCCCUUUGACCUGAGUCACAACGUGGCUGCCAACGUGACCAGCCGGGUGGCCGGGCGGCUCCAGAACUGCUGCCGAGCGGCGGCCAGUUACUGCCGCAGCCUCCAGUAUCAGCAGCGCUCCUCCCGGGGCCGGGACUGGGGGCUGCUCCCUCUGCUGCAGCCCAGCUCCCCCAGCGCCCUACUCUCGGCGACACCUAUCCCCCUGCCCCCGGCUCCCUUCACCCAGCUCACUGCGGCCCUGGCCCGGUUGUUCAGGGAGGCGCUGGGGUGCCACAUAGAGCAGGGGCUCAAGCGUGCCAGGCCCGAGGGAGGUGGUGCGGGAGAGGCUCCCCAGGGAGGGACAAGCAAGAGACUGAGAAGAGAGGGGCAGAGGCAGAGCUGUGAGGCGGGGCUGGCAGAGCAGCGCCCGUGUGCAGGCAGCCCCGGUGAAGACGGGGUGGAAGAAAUGGUGGUUGAGGUUGGCGAAACGGUGCAGGACUGGGCCAUGCGGAGCCCUGGGCAGCCGGGGGAGCUGGCCCUGACCACCGGAGAGCAUCUAGCCCCUGGAGAAAGGGCCCCCCCGGGUCCCGUAGCCCUGACCGAGCAGAGCCCCACAGGACCUGGUGCAACCCAAGAAAGGCCACAGGACAAGGCUGGCCAGGGGACCCCCCGCUGUGCAGGGAGCUGGCGCUGUGUCUUGUGGCACCGCGUGUGGCAGGGACGGCGGCGUGCCCGGAGACGCCUACAGCAGCAAGCCAAGGCAGGCAGUGGCGCAGAGUGGCUGGCGACGGAGGCGCAGGUGACCCAGGAGCUGAGGGGACUGAGCAGAGGAGAACAGCAGCCAGAGGCGGAAGCCCUCCUGACCUUUGUGGCCUCCGCCUCCCAGGCGGCCCAGACCCUUACUGUGACCCCACUGCACGAUCCCCAGGGCCUCUUCCCCGAGCUCCACCACUUCCUGCAGGGUUUCCUCCCGCAGGCUCUACGGCAUCUCCUCAAGUGAAGGCGAUGAUAAAGCUGGUGCUUGGAAACAA